UAUAGCGAUAAUUCGCUUCUCUGCUGGACGAAGGGACAGCGAAGCGAGAAGAUGAGGACAAGAGCCAACUCCUGCCCACCGCUGGACCCAACCAUCCCUUCCCUUCUCCUUCUCAGCCUCUCCCUCCUGCUUCCACAAGCAAAGGGCCAAGUGCCGGCGCCCCAGCUCUCCGAUGGCGUGCGCUGCUCCGCCGACCGGAGCAUCUACCCAUGCCAGGCCUACGCGCUGUACCGCGCCGAACCCACCGAGGUACCCCUCUCCGUCGACCUCGCCUCCGUCGGCGACCUCUUCGGCGUCAGCCGCGCCAUGAUCGCCCGGACCACCAACCUCACCGUCGCCGACUCGACCCUUCCCCUCCGCCAGGGCCAGCUCCUCCUCGUUCCCCUCACCUGCUCCUGCGACCGGAAUCGCUCCUACUCGCCUGCCUACUACCAGAUCAAAGCCGACGACACCUUCUACUUGGUCUCCACCGUCACGUACGGCAACCUCACCGCCUACCCAGCCGUCGAGCUGGUGAACCCCACCCUAGUCCCUGAGGACCUCCAGAUCGGCGUCAUCGUCAACUUCCCCAUCUUCUGCCAGUGCCUCAAGAACAACACCAUCAACGGCAAGAACAUCCUCGGCCUCGUCACCUACGUUCUUCAGCCAUCUGAUACGUACGCCUCGGUCGCCGCAAGCUUCGCCACGGACGUCCAGACUCUCACCGAUCUGAACGGACCAGAAAACAUGACCUUCUCUGAUAUUUUCGUUCCCCUGUAUCAAAUUCCCCCACCCCUGCUGCGAACAAACGUGUUGUCAGAAGCUCCAGCUUCACCGCCUACAGCCUCCGCUCCCGUGGUCGAGAAGAACGAGAACAAGGGAGUCAUCGCUGGGCUGGCAGGGGGCUUAGGUGCUCUCUGCGCGCUGCAGCUGCUGCUGCUGGCUUGGUGUUGGAGGAGAUCAAAUAGAAAGGGGGAGGAAGUCGGGAAGGGUGGCAACUACAGUAGCAUGGAGAGGAGCGGGAAGGGAGGAGGGGAGUCGAGGAUGGCCAAAUCGGCGUCGGGAGAUGGCAAGCUGAUAACGGACAUAUCGGAGUGGCUGGACAAGUACAAGGUGUUCGACGUGGAGGAACUGCGUGAUGCGACGUCGGGCUUCGACGAUAGCCGGCUGAUAAAGGGGUCGGUCUACAAGGGGACGAUCGGCGGCGAGGUGUUCGCGGUGAAGAAGAUGAAGUGGAACGCCUGCGACGAGCUCAAGAUCCUGCAGAAGGUGAACCACACCAACCUGGUGAAGCUGGAAGGCUUCUGCAUCGACGCCAAGGAAGGCACCACCUACCUCGUCUACGAGUACGUGGAGAACGGUUCCCUCGACGAUUGGCUCGGCAACCCGGCUUCCGCCCGCAAGCUGGACUGGCGCACCAGGCUCCGCAUCGCCCUCGACGUCGCCAGUGGCCUCCAGUAUAUCCACGAGCACACCUGGCCCCGCGUCGUCCACAAGGACAUCAAGACCAGCAACGUCCUCCUCGACGGCAACCUCCAUGCCAAGAUCGCCAACUUCGGCCUCGCCAGCACCGGCUGCAACGCCAUCACCACCCACAUCGUCGGCACGCAGGGCUACGUCGCCCCCGAGUACCUGACCGACGGCCUCGUCACCACCAAGAUGGACGUCUUCUCCUUCGGGGUCGUCCUCCUGGAGCUCAUCACUGGCCGGGAGGCCGUCAACCAGGACGGGGAGGCACUAUGGUCGGAGGCGGGCAGGUUGUUCCAGAGCACGGCCGGGAGGCUGGAGGAGAGUCUGCUGCAGUGGGUGGACGCCGCUCUGGCGGGGCAGUCCUGCUCCGUGGAGAGCGUGGUGAGCGUCAUGAACGUGGCGAGGGCCUGUCUGCACAAGGACCCAUCAAAGCGGCCGAGCAUGAUGGACGCAGCGUACAUGUUGUCCAAGGCCGAUGAGCACUUGUCCGAUUUCUCUAUAGAUGGUCUCUCGGUCGGCGGUAGCGACGUCGCCGGAAGGUGAAGCGAACAAUUCUAGUACUAGAUUUCUGAUCUUGAGGAUAAAUUACUUAGUUGCCUAUGCGUGCAUAUGUAGGAUGUGCAAUUAUUACUAAUAAGCACAUAAUAUGUUUUGUGUGAUCACAGAGGAACUAUCAUCUUGCUUUAAGGAAAUUAAUAUGAGAAAAACUUGCUGUGUAUA